CCCUAAGUGGCGACCAUGGGCAAACCGGGCUACUGGACCUUGGUGGUACUGCCGGCCUUUCUGGUCUGGUGCGGUCCAGCGCAGGACGCGGCGGCGGAGAAGGGUCCCCCAGCGCUGAAUAUUGCGGUGCUGCUGGGCCACAGCCACGAUGUGACAGAGCGCGAACUUCGAAAUCUGUGGGGACCGGAGCAGGCAACCGGCUUGCCCAUGGACGUGAACGUGGUGGCGUUGUUGAUGAACCGCACCGACCCCAAGAGCCUCAUCACGCAUGUGUGCGACCUCAUGUCUGGGGCGCGCAUCCAUGGCCUCGUGUUUGGAGAUGACACCGACCAGGAGGCUGUGGCUCAGAUGCUGGAUUUUAUCUCCUCACAGACUUUCAUCCCCAUCUUGGGCAUUCACGGAGGUGCAUCUAUGAUCAUGGCUGACAAGGAUCCGACGUCCACGUUCUUCCAGUUUGGAGCAUCCAUCCAGCAGCAAGCCACGGUUAUGCUGAAGAUCAUGCAGGAUUAUGACUGGCAUGUCUUCUCCCUGGUGACCACCAUCUUCCCUGGCUACAGGGACUUCAUCAGUUUCAUCAAGACAACAGUGGACAAUAGCUUUGUGGGCUGGGAUAUGCAGAACGUGAUCACACUGGACACCUCCUUUGAGGAUGCCAAGACACAGGUCCAGCUAAAGAAGAUCCAUUCUUCUGUCAUCUUACUGUACUGUUCCAAAGACGAGGCUGUCCUCAUCCUGAGUGAGGCUCGCUCCCUCGGCCUCACCGGGUAUGACUUCUUCUGGAUUGUCCCCAGCUUGGUCUCUGGAAACACAGAGCUCAUCCCCAAAGAGUUCCCAUCAGGACUCAUUUCAGUCUCCUAUGAUGACUGGGACUACAGCCUGGAGGCGAGAGUGAGGGAUGGUCUUGGGAUCCUAACCACUGCCGCAUCUUCCAUGUUGGAGAAAUUCUCCUACAUCCCUGAGGCCAAGACCAGCUGCUAUGGGCAGACAGAGAAGCCAGAAACUCCUCAUCACACUCUGCACCAAUUUAUGGUCAAUGUGACGUGGGAUGGCAAAGAUUUGUCCUUCACUGAAGAAGGCUAUCAGGUACAUCCCAGGCUUGUGGUGAUUGUGCUGAACAAGGACCGAGAGUGGGAAAAGGUGGGCAAAUGGGAGAACCAGACCCUGAGCCUGAGGCACGCCGUGUGGCCAAGGUACAAGUCCUUUUCUGAUUGUGAACCAGACGACAACCACCUGAGCAUUGUCACCCUGGAGGAAGCCCCCUUCGUCAUCGUAGAAGACAUAGACCCGCUGACGGAGACCUGUGUGAGGAACACGGUGCCCUGUCGGAAGUUUGUGAAGAUCAACAACUCAACUAACGAAGGGAUGAAUGUGAAGAAGUGUUGCAAGGGAUUCUGCAUUGACAUCCUGAAGAAGCUGUCCAGGACAGUGAAGUUCACCUAUGACCUCUACCUGGUGACCAACGGGAAGCAUGGGAAAAAGGUUAACAAUGUGUGGAAUGGAAUGAUAGGUGAAGUGGUCUACCAGCGAGCAGUCAUGGCCGUGGGCUCACUCACCAUCAACGAGGAGCGUUCUGAAGUGGUGGACUUCUCAGUGCCCUUUGUGGAGACAGGAAUCAGUGUCAUGGUCUCCAGGAGCAAUGGCACAGUCUCCCCUUCUGCUUUCCUUGAACCCUUCAGCGCCUCUGUCUGGGUGAUGAUGUUUGUGAUGCUGCUCAUUGUCUCUGCCAUUGCUGUCUUUGUUUUUGAGUACUUCAGUCCUGUUGGAUACAACAGAAACUUAGCCAAAGGGAAAGCUCCCCAUGGGCCUUCUUUUACCAUUGGAAAAGCUAUAUGGCUCCUCUGGGGCCUGGUCUUCAACAACUCUGUGCCGGUUCAGAAUCCUAAAGGCACGACCAGCAAGAUCAUGGUGUCGGUAUGGGCCUUCUUUGCUGUCAUUUUCUUGGCCAGUUACACAGCCAACCUGGCUGCCUUCAUGAUCCAGGAAGAGUUUGUGGACCAAGUGACAGGCCUCAGUGACAAGAAGUUUCAGAGACCUCAUGACUAUUCCCCGCCUUUCCGAUUUGGGACAGUACCCAAUGGGAGUACAGAGAGGAAUAUCCGUAACAACUACCCAUAUAUGCACCAGUACAUGACCAAAUUCAACCAGAGGGGAGUAGAGGACGCCUUGGUCAGCUUGAAAACGGGGAAGUUGGACGCUUUCAUCUAUGACGCAGCCGUCUUGAAUUACAAGGCUGGGAGGGAUGAAGGCUGUAAACUGGUGACCAUUGGGAGUGGGUACAUCUUUGCCACCACUGGCUAUGGAAUUGCCCUCCAGAAGGGCUCACCCUGGAAGAGGCAGAUUGACCUGGCUCUGCUUCAAUUUGUUGGUGAUGGUGAGAUGGAGGAACUGGAGACACUGUGGCUUACAGGCAUCUGUCACAACGAGAAGAAUGAGGUGAUGAGCAGCCAGCUGGACAUCGAUAACAUGGCGGGCGUGUUCUACAUGCUGGCUGCUGCUAUGGCCCUCAGCCUCAUCACCUUUAUCUGGGAGCAUCUCUUCUAUUGGAAGCUACGCUUCUGCUUCACCGGCGUGUGCUCUGACCGGCCCGGGCUGCUCUUCUCCAUCAGCAGGGGCAUCUAUAGUUGUAUCCAUGGUGUACACAUUGAAGAAAAGAAGAAGUCCCCAGACUUCAAUUUGACUGGGUCACAGAGCAACAUGCUAAAGCUUCUUCGUUCAGCCAAGAACAUCUCUAACAUGUCCAACAUGAACUCCUCAAGAAUGGACUCACCUAAAAGAGCUUCUGACUUCAUCCAAAGAGGGUCACUUAUUGUGGACAUGGUUUCAGACAAGGGGAAUUUAAUAUACUCGGACAACAGGUCCUUUCAAGGGAAGGACAGCAUAUUUGGGGACAACAUGAAUGAACUCCAAACAUUUGUGGCCAACAGGCAUAAGGAUAAUCUCAGUAACUAUGUGUUCCAAGGACAGCAUCCUCUCACCCUCAAUGAGUCCAAUCCUAACACAGUGGAGGUGGCUGUAAGCACUGAAUCCAAAGGCAACUCCCGACCUCGGCAGCUUUGGAAGAAAUCCAUGGAAUCUCUACGCCAGGAUUCUCUGAACCAGAACCCAGUCUCACAGAGGGAUGAGAAGACUGUGGAGAACAGGACCCACUCCCUAAAGAGUCCUAGAUAUCUUCCAGAAGAGGUAGCCCACUCUGACAUUUCAGAAACUUCCAGCCGGGCCACAUGCCACAGGGAGCCAGAUAACAAUAAGAACCACAAGACCAAGGACAACUUCAAAAGGUCAAUGGCCUCCAAAUACCCCAAGGACUGUAGCGAGGUUGAGCGUACCUACAUGAAAACCAAAGCAAGCUCUCCCAGGGAUAAGAUCUACACCAUCGAUGGUGAGAAGGAGCCCAGUUUCCACUUAGAUCCUCCACAGUUUGUUGAGAGCAUAGCAAUCCCUGAGAAUGUGGGCUUCUCAGAUACCUACCAAGACCACAACGAGAACUUCCGCAAGGGAGAUUCCACACUGCCCAUGAACAGGAACCCGCUGCACAAUGAAGAUGGACUUCCCAACAAUGAUCAGUAUAAACUCUAUGCCAAGCACUUUACCUUGAAAGACAAGGGUUCUCCACACAGUGAGGGCAGUGAUCGCUAUCGGCAGAACUCCACACAUUGCAGAAGCUGCCUUUCAAACCUGCCCACCUACUCAGGGCACUUUACCAUGAGGUCUCCUUUCAAGUGUGAUGCCUGUCUGAGGAUGGGGAACCUCUAUGACAUUGAUGAAGACCAGAUGCUUCAGGAGACAGGUAACCCAUCUACUCAGGAGGAGGUCUACCAGCAGGACUGGUCCCAGAACAACGCCCUCCAGUUUCAGAAGAACAAGCUAAGGAUUAACCGACAGCACUCCUAUGAUAACAUUCUCGACAAACCCAGGGAGGUAGACCUUAGCAGGCCCUCCCGGAGCAUAAGCCUCAAGGACAGAGAAAGGCUACUGGAGGGUAACUUAUAUGGGAGCCUGUUCAGUGUCCCCUCAAGCAAACUCUUGGGGAACAAAAGCUCCCUUUUCCCCCAAGGUCUGGAGGACAGCAAGAGAAGCAAGUCUCUCUUGCCAGACCACACAUCUGAUAACCCUUUCCUCCACACGUAUGGGGAUGACCAACGCUUAGUUAUUGGGAGAUGUCCCUCAGACCCUUAUAAACACUCAUUGCCAUCACAGGCAGCAAAUGACAGCUAUCUUCGGUCAUCCUUGAGGUCCACAGCAUCGUAUUGCUCCAGGGACAGUCGGGGCCACAGUGAUGUGUAUAUUUCAGAGCAUGUUAUGCCUUAUGCUGCAAAUAAGAAUAACAUGUACUCUACUCCCAGGGUUUUAAAUUCCUGCAGCAAUAGACGUGUGUACAAGAAAAUGCCUAGUAUCGAAUCUGAUGUUUAA